UUACUUUGAGUGCUAUUGCUAGAUCAAAAAUUAAUUAUGCACAACUUUGAAUUUAUCAACUCUGCUGUAGCAGCAGGCAUUAUACCAAUCAAGAAGUAUAGAUCCAAAGCAACAGGUUUUACCAUUUGUAUAGCAAAUGUAGAUGGACCCCUGGUAAAUGGCUACAUGUGUUUAGCAACUGAAGCACAUGAUGAUGACGGCUUGCCACACACAUUGGAACAUUUGAUAUUUAUGGGAAGUGAAGAUUAUCCAUACAAGGGAAUGCUUGACUUAUUUGCAAAUCGGUGUUUAGCGCAGGGAACAAAUGCCUGGACAGCAACUGACCAUACCUGUUAUACGAUGACAACCGCUGGAAGUGAAGGCUUCCUUAAUCUGCUUCCAAUAUACUUAGAUCACAUAUUAUACCCAACUGUUACUGAAUCCGCAUAUAUAACUGAAGUCCAUCAUGUAAAUGGCGAGGGGGAAGAUGCUGGUGUAGUGUACUGUGAAAUGCAAGCUCGUGAAAACUCGGGUUAUAGUCGUACCUUUCUUGAGUUUCUACGCAGCAUGUAUCCUGGUCAUUGUGGAUACAAGAGUGAAACUGGUGGAAUAAUGAAAAACUUGCGUGAAAGUUGCUCUCACAAGAAGGUUUCUGACUACCAUUCUGAAUUUUAUCGCCCUGAGAACCUUUGUUUAAUAAUCACUGGGAAUGUGAAUGCUGAAGAUGUAUUCCGUGUUGUACAACCAUUUGAGGAAAAAAUCGAAAGCAAAGGCAGACUUCCUCCACAUGUUAGACCAUGGAUGAACGAAGUACCUCCCCUAGGUAAUGCUGAAGAAAAGAAACAUAUCAUAUUUGCCACUGAAGAUGAAACAACUGGCAUGGUUUUAGUGGGAUGGAGAGGCCCAAAUGUUUUGGAUCACUAUGAUGUUACUGCAGUGAAGAUUUUGCUGAGCUAUCUCACUGAUACAUCUGUAGCACCAUUACAAAAAGAGCUGGUUGAAAUCGAAGAACCAUUAUGUGGAGAUAUUUGUGGACAAUUAUUUGAAAACAAAGAAACCGCUUUGUGUCUGUUUGCUGAUAAUGUGCUGAAAGAAAAUCUAUUUGAAAUUAAAGAUAGGAUACUUGACGUUUUGAACAAUAUUUCGAUGCGAAAUGUUGCGUUAGACAUGGAUCGCUUAAACACUUUAAUACACCGAGCAAUUUUAGAGGAGAUGAAUGAACUUGAAGAUUCGCCUCACGACGCGUUAGCUUCACUUACAAUUGUUGAUUUUCUUUACUCUGCUAAUAAAACUGACCUGCAAGACUGUGUUGGUAAAAUUAAGCAUUUGGAAAAAUUAAAGACGGAGAAAGAUGAGUUUUGGUUGAAGCUAUUAAAGCAGUAUAUUAUCUCUCAAAAAUUGGUGGUUAUUAUUGGUGAUCCCAGUGAAGAUUUUAUGAAAAAAAUGGGAGAGGAGGAAAAACAGAGAGUUGAAAAACAAGCAGCUUGUCUUGGAGAGAAGGGAUUAAAAGAAAAGAGCUUGUGUUUAGAAAAUGCUUUAUCUCAAAAUAAUAUUGAAGCUCCAAAGAAUCUCUUCAAGAAUUUGUCUGUACCAUCAACUGACAGCAUAACGCUUCAUCAGAUAUCUUGCGCUUCUAAUGUGUUGAAGAAUGAUGAUUUUGAACAUGUGAAGAAAUUUCAGCUAGAUGAAUUUCCUUGCCCAUUUUACGUGUACCAUGUAAAAUCACUGUUUACACAGCUCUACAUGAUUAUUGAUACAGCUUCCUUAUCUAAAGAUUCACGAAUGUACUUGCCUCUGUAUUCAGAAAUAAUACUGGAAUCACCCAUUUUAAAAGAAGGGAAACUGAUACCAUACGAAGAUGUUGUAAAGCAACUAGCUGCUGAUACCUUGUCUGCGAGUACAAGUAUCGGUGUGGAGGGACGUCGAUUCACUCCAGGCCCUUUUGCCAGUCUUCUUGUAAUUUCAUUUAAGGUUGAAAACGAAAAAUAUGAAAAAGCAGUGGAAUGGUUGAAAGAUAUAUUGUUUGGUGUAAAAUUUUCUCCAGAUCGACUUAAAGUUACCGCCAACAAAAUAAUUAACGAUGUUGCGAGUCACAAAAGGGACGGGAAAAAAGCAACGGCAGUUCUUUUGCAUGAUAUUAAUUUCACAGAAGGUAGUAAUUUUUACAUUAGCAACAUGAUCAGACAGAACGUGUUCUUGGCGCAAUUGGUAAAGGAUUUAGAUAGCUGUCCAGAUAAGGUGAUAGCAGAUAUGAACUUAUUACGCAAAGAAUUGUUGUGUUGUGAAAAAAUGCGUUGUUAUGUUGCGGCGAACUUAAGCAAUUUACCUCAAGAUGCACAUUCUGUUUGGAUAGAGGUGCUGUUCAAACAAAUGGAUGCAGUAAAAUCUUUAGAUAGAACUAAGCCAGUACCUCGAGAUGGACAUUACCUUAGCAACAAGCGGCUUCAUAAAAUUGUUGGCGUUGGUUCUGUCGAGUCUGCGUUUUUAAUGCAGACAUGUCAAGGUAUCGACACAUACGAACACCCGGAUUACCCUGCGAUGUUAGUUUUUAUUCAGUAUUUAUGCGCCUUGGAGGGGCCCUUAUGGCGACAGAUUCGUGGUAGCGGUUUGUCUUAUAACUACCGUGUCAACGUGUCACCAAAUACCGGAAAAAUAUAUUUUGUCUUGGCGAAAUCAACUCACAUUUUUGAAGCUUACAAGAAAGCUAAAGAAAUAAUGGAAGAUUUUAUAUCAGGAAAAACAGCUUUCGAGCACGAUCAAGUUGAAGCAGCCAUUAGUGGAGCUAUAUUUCAGGAAAUAGAAGCUGAGAACACGAUUUCUGACGCUAUUACACAGAACAUCGUUUCUGCUUUCAAGAAAGUGCCAUCAGAUUUCUGUAGAACCUUGCUUAGAGAUUUAAAAUUGGUGACUGUAAAAGACUUAGUUCGAGUUGGUAGCACGUACUUUUCCCUACUUUUCAAUCCAAACGAAACUUCUGCUGCUUUGUGCUGUCAUCCAACGAAAGUCAGUGAAAUUAAAGAUUCUUUCCACAGGAUUGAUGUAAAGUUUGAAGUGGUGUCAACGUUAGAAGAAGAAUUCUAAAGUUGUAAUUAACUUAUACACUGGAAGUAAAACAGAUAAAGAUGAAGAAUUUAUUGCAUAGAUAAAAACGAAUACAUGUAUUUCUAAUUUAUUAGCUGAUUUUUUUUUUUUAUUUCUUAAUAUUUUUUUCUUCUUUUUUUAUUUGACAUUCUGCUCUAGUGGCUGCGAUAAUGUCGACACGUUUUGCGAUUCUCUUUCUGUUGUAAUCAGCGUCUGUUUUUGCAGACAGUAACAACGUUUCAUAAUAAUCUAAAUUAAAGUUUUAUUGAUGCUGGACUGCUGUCAAAACAAUUGAUUCGCGCCAACCAGAUACAGUUUCUGACUUUCAACACACUCAUUAUUUAUUCAGUUUUCGUGCCCAUGUCAAUUUUGCAAGAUCGAAUGAUGGGCAAUUCAAUUGUCCAACAACCAACUUUUUCCGAAGUCCUGAGAUCGAGAUUUGUCAUCUUUGUUGUUUUUGUACUUUCUUAAAAGAGCGGAGAUAUGUUUGAACAGAUAAUAUAUGAAAGUAUAACAGAAUAGUCGGUGCUAACAAAAUCUUUGUUUGACGCAUUUCGAUUCUUUUUGGUAAUUGAAUUUUUACAUCAUUGAAUGUUAAUUCUUUCCCAAUUGCUUUGUCUUUCAUCAUUUAGUUUGCUCCUUACCAAGUGCUCUCUGAAUUUUUUUAUUGAUGAUAAAGGCAACAUGGGUGGUCAUGCGCUAAUAAAAUUAAUCCAACUCCAAUAUUUAAAAUUAUGUGCAGGAUAACUAUUAUACAAACGAAAUAAUGGGCGUUUUUUAACAAGUGACAUGUACACGAAUAUAGUAUAACAUAAUUAUAAAAUAACAGUCGAAGAAGAAACAAAAAAUCCUUUUUUUACUUUUCAAAAAUUUCGAGCAGAUUAAUCUAAUCCUUAGUAAUUUUACGAGGAUUUAAUUCAAACAAGCUUUUGGAAAUUUCCUAAAGAUAAAAAUGACGAUUGUGGUUGUUGUUGUU